CUGAAGGCAUAUUAAAACAUAAACAUCCUAGCUGCAACGAUGCUCGUUAACCAGAACACAGUUAUUGUCGGCGAGAAGGCAAUCCUCGUUCCCUACCGCGCAGAACACGUCCCCAGGUACCACGAAUGGAUGCAGGACCCCCAUUUACAAGAAACGACAGCUUCGGAGCCGCUGACAAUGGAGGAGGAGUAUGAAAUGCAGCGCUCCUGGGCGCAAGAUGAGGACAAGCUCACAUUCAUAGUGCUGGACAGGGGUUUCCCCGAUGUGCCGGGCACCGGCAGCCAUGGCGGCGGCAUGGCGGGCGAUGUAAACCUGUUUUUUACGCUGGACGAGGAGGAGGGCGGGCGGCAGGCGGCGGAGAUUGAGGUCAUGGUGGCAGAGCAGGGCUCGCGGGGCAAGGGCAUCGCCAAGGAAGCGCUCCGUGCGCUUAUGGCAUACGCCAGCAGGGAGCUGGGGGUGAAGCGCUUCGUGGCCAAGAUACACGAGGUCAAUGCGCCGUCCCGAAAGCUGUUUGAGGGCCUCGGCUUCGAGGAGUUCAAGAGGGUGGCAUGCUUUGGCGAGGUCCACUACCAGCUCUCGACGGACAAGGCUGCCGACUGGCUGCCGCAACUGCAGGAGGGGCUCAAUCUUGGCAAGUACGAGUAGAGCGCAGGGCCGGGCUGGAGCGUGAUACCAGCACCGGCUGUGUGAGGCGCACGCUAGGGGCCAAGACCACGACAGAAGUGCGGCUGACGUUGAUUGCACGGUGCCACCGGAGUGCAUAGUAAGCCAUGUACUGAUAAGGACGUGGCCAAAGUCAGAUAUGUGGAGAGGAACCGGGACUCCACGGGAGUUGAGCGCGCAGCACGUCUCCGCGGCAUUGGGCCCCGGGGGCGCGUGUACGCCUGCCGGGUGGAUUUCGCCACACUGUGGGGCACUCCGUAGUAUACAUUCCGUGACUAUUGAUUGUAUUGACCCCAGCUGAUCAAUUUAGAAUGAUUGUCUGCUUGGCGCGGUUCGAGUUUGACGAGCUUGUCCUGCCCCGGAGGCAUUCGUAGAAGUGAUGAAGUUGUGACAACUUCUAAUUUGCAUUGAGCUAGGUUUGUGCGCUGGACUGGGCACACGCUGGUACCACCCUACCCGGCGAUGACCAGUUGGUCGCAGCAUAGCUAGCAAAGUUGGCCCUGCAGGAGCCAGACCGGCACGAUGGAAAAGGCAAGUUAUG